AUGAAGGUGUUAAUUUUGGUGGCAACAUUGGCUUGGUCCAUGGCAAUCCAUGAAAACCAUGCUAUGGCAAACGAUGCACAGACGAAGCCAACUAUCCGAAUGUAUGGCUCUGGCAAAGGUGGGCCGGCCAACAAUGUUCAGGCCGACGGUGGCAAUCCACUACCGUUUUUCAUUGUUGGGCUGGAUAAUCUUUGCUUGGAAGCGAACAGACAUAUACUACAGUUGGUAAACUGCAGCAAAGAUAAGGUAGAACAAAAAUGGAAACUCUACGCAGAUGGUUCUAUACGGUCUCAGAAGAGCAACAACUGCCUCACUGCUAACGAUCUCACCCAAGAUAGCCCUAUUCUAAUCAUUCAAUGUAGUCCGGAUUUGUCUGCUUACCAGCUUUGGCAACUCAAGGAAGCUGGAACCAUCAUUAAUUUGUCCAGUGGUCUCGCAAUAGAUGUGGCCCAAGUAAAAUUCCCUCAGAAAAUAAUCCUUUGGCCAGCCCAUGGAGGAGCUAACCAGAAGUGGCAGCUAAAACUAUUUUAA